AUGGCCCCAAUACCAGACGCCAUCGACACGGAGGCCAACACCACGAACCAGCCUAGCUCCGCACCUGCAGGGCUGGCGACUUCAGAUGUUGUCGGAAUCGCGGUCGGUGUGCCUACGGCCGUGCUCGCACUAAUGGGACUCGUUAUUGCGACACUGGCCUGGAAAUAUCCAAAAGGAUCUGCUGCCAAGAUCCAAAACGCAAUCCUGCGUCGGCCAAAGCAGAUUGGCACCAGCUGGAACUCGAACGUGAUGUACGGUGGAAAACAAAAGGCGAAAAACAUGACAUUCGAAAGCAUCGGAGAUAUGGAAUCCCCCAUUCAGACACGGAUGAACAUAUCAACUGCAACAACAGAUAAUGCUGAGCAUGUUGGCGAUACUUUUAAUUCCAAUGUGUUGCAUGAGGGAGCAAAGCAGGAGAUUGACUCGAUGACGUUUGGAACUUGGAAUGCAAAUACAAAGGCAUGA